AUGCAGCGAUCUAGGAGAAAUACCGUGAUUAAUGCAAAUGUUUCGUCUACGGAACGAACAUCGAAGCGUACUACUAAGGUACCGUGUCUGAGGACUCAGACAUGUAUACUCGUGGCCGGCGGGAUUCUGAGAGAUUAUAGCAUCGAAGGCUACAAUUACGACUGGCAUAGCAAGCCUAUCGCUACCGAGCCAGGAGACAGCAACCUUUAUCGACUUAAACAUCUGCAGACACAGAUUCAGAACCUACAUCGGACGUUCCAAGCAUACAACCAUCAGAUAGAAAGAUCCGGCUCUCGAAGGGAAUCUGUAACGAUUACGUAUACGCAGUUUCUUGAAUUUUCUGAUGCUACAAAUUCAAGUAACGACGGCAGCAGUGCAAUUCAAAUGAAUGAAAUCGCAUCAACUAUGACUCAAGCGAGGAAACAGCGGAAGCACUCGCAGUAG